AUGGCACACGCCGAUCAGCAUGGUAUUCCCUGCGCCUUUAUCAGAGGUGGUACCUCCAAGGCGCUGUUUUUUCACGAGCGAAAUCUUCCACCUCCGGGUCCUUUACGGGACACCGUCUUAAAAAGACUGAUGGGUAGCCCUGAUGUUCAGCAGGUCGACGGCAUGGGUGGCCGCUCGACGCAUACCUCCAAAAUCGCGAUUGUGCGCCCCUCCGACCGUCAGGGUGUUGAUGUUGAUUUCACAUUUGCUCAAGUCUCUGUGGAUCAAGACAUGAUCUCCUAUAAGGGCAAUUGUGGCAACAUCUCGUCAGCGGUGGGCCCGUUCGCAAUAGAUGAGGGACUGCUGGGUAAAAGCGCGAACACUACAUACAGUGCCAACGAUGACACUGCAGUAACUGAAGUGAGAAUUUAUAACACUAAUACACAACGUAUUCUGCACGCGCAUGUGCCAAUGGACAAGAAAUCAGGUUUCAGCAUCACGGUUGGCAAUGCAACAAUUGCAGGAGUGCCAGGCACCAGCGCUUCCAUUUGGAUGGACUACAAAGAUGCAGUUGGUGGAAGUCGCUUGAAAGGGAUUGUUCCAACUGGACGCACGAUAGACACGUUGAAUGUUCAAGGGAAGAAAGUAGAUUGCACGAUAUGCGACGUAGCGAAUAUCUCCGUCUUCGUGCGAGCAACAGACGUUGGACUCACAGGGUCAGAAUCAGCCAAAGACAUCAAUACACAUGCCACAGCCAUAGCACUUUGCAAAGAACUUCGGGGCAAAGCAGCACAGCUCAUUGGAAUGUGCGCGGAUUGGGAGUUGGUUGAUGAACAGUCACCCGGCUUGCCCUUCGUCAUCCUGGUCGCCCCUCCAACACACGAUGCUGCUGAUUUGGCGGUCCGUGUGAUAUUUAUGAAUCGAUGUCAUGAUUCCAUUGCGGGAACAGCAGCUGUCGGUGUUGCUGCUUGCAGUCGCAUUCCGAACAGUGUUUUGUCGGAAAUUCUCAGAGAAGGCACCAGCGAACGCAACGCUGUGCAAAUCGGGCAUCCGGAGGGGAUUAUGCCAAUCUCCAUCAGAACCAAGGCCGCGGAUCAAGCAUCCGAUCUAAUCGAAUUCGACAUGUUGGCCUUUGAACGAACGUCAAGGAGGAUCAUGAGCGGAAGUGUAUUCAUUCCAAAACAGAUCUGGAAUGGAGAUGGGCGGACCAGAAAAGAAAUGCUUCCCCAGAAAACGCACCUCCUAAUGACAGGCGAUAUCAAUCUUCUGAAUGUCGACGAUUCCACUGAGCCGUUUAGAAGGGUGGUGGACUCCUUAAGCGCGGCUGACAUCGUCAUCUCAAAUCUCGAAUGUGUCCUGGGCAUGCCAGAGCAAGCAUACUCGAUUCAGCACGAAGGCCUUUUUGCCAAUCCCAUUGUCGGUGCCGAGGCUCUCCAUAUUGGAAAAAUCGCGGCCGUGGGUCUGGCAAACAAUAUCAACUACGGCGCACGCAAUAUCCUAGGCUCGAUUGCGACACUCGACAAGGCAGGAAUUCCUCACACAGGAGCGGGCGCCAACAUUGAGGCAGCUCGUAAACCGGUGAUUGUCGAGCGCGGGGGCCGCAAGUAUGGCUUUCUUCAGCGCACUUCGGUAUAUUGGCCUAGAGACCACGCUGCGGACGCGACUGGAGCAGGAGUGGCGCCUCUUCCUGGCCACACUGCGUAUGAGGCUCACAUGUACCGAUAUCACUCAAAAAUCCCGCCCGUCAAUCGCCCAGAAAUACCGCCGCUUGUUACUACUUGGGCAGAUCCCCAAUAUCUGGCCAUGUUCACAGAUGACAUCAAAUCCUUACGGCCGCAAGUUGAUGUACUUAUUGCUAGCUGUCAUUGGGGUCUCGGAAAAGAAGUUUUGACCUACAUGGAGCAGAUUGCAAAAGCGGCGAUUGAUGCUGGUGCCGAUGUCGUAAUGGGCCAUGGACCGCAUCAUCCUCUUCCCAUCAGCUUCUAUAACCAAAAGCCUAUUUUCUACGGCCUUGGCAGUUUUUCCUUCCAUAUGGGGCAUCUAGGGUUGGCGCAUGGAGACUGGGUUGGGUUACUUGGAAGCCUGGAAUUUCACGAAGAAAACUCGGCUGGAGGCGCAAAAGUAUCGUUCCGAUUUGUCAGGCAUAAUAAGGACAAUGAGACAUACUUGUCUCACCCGGAAGACGAAAAGGAUACUGUCGCAAUGUUAACAGCAACGUCUCAGAAGUAUGGAGCAACUCUUUGGGCAGAUGGCGAUUCAAUCUAUGCAAAACCUUCUUAG